ACCACCCGGCUAUCGCUCCUCGAGACGGUGUGUUAUCGCUUAUCGUAGCAGCCAAAUUUACAACAAUCAGCCACCAAUGUACCCGGUAGGUACGGAAGGUGUAAGUGAUAAUGAUCAGGGCCUCGAGCCUCGGCGCUGGAGAAAAACAUUAUAAGGGUCUGGUGGAUGGCCAGCGAGGGCGUCAGUAGACAACCGGACAACAGCUUGUUGGGAUCGUCAGCAAGCAAAACAGUGCGGUAACCUUCAACCCCUCAACAAGAUGUUUACGUUCCUUCGUUUUGCACUCGUUGCUGCCACCCUGGUUGGGUUGGCCCAUGGUCAGUGUAGCGUCAACAUCCGGACGCAGCUCAACUCCAUGGAACCAUUGUUCCUGCGCAACAACCAGCUGUGGGCACCAUCGGGACCUUCGCUACAGUGGAACGCCGGGGAAUCGACUCUGAUUGCCUGUCCGGGCAACACGAUCAGUAACACCGGUACGGUGACCGCUACGAUCCAGUGCGUCUCCGGGACGACGUUCAAUCUCGGUGGCUCCAACGUAGACAUCUCGACCAUUUCCUGUGUGUCGCGCACGACUGGCCAUCUGCAGAACACCGGGCAAGGCUGUGGUGGUGGCGGUACGCUGCUCAAUCUGGGCUUUGAUGUGCCGAGCGUCGGUUUCGUGACGUACAUUCAAUCGUGCUACAAUAUGCAGACCGCUUCCGUGGUUUACACGCGCCAUGUCAUUCCCGGUGCAGCCAUUAAUCAUGCCAUCAGCGAGUCGUACCGGCCAUCGUUCAAAUCGAACGGUGCGGCACCCCAGGUCAGUCCGGCCACGUCCUACACGACCGCACAGCAAGCCAUCCGGUUGGCGCAGCUGCUCGGAUCGCAGGCACAGGCCGAUCGCUUCAUCACCACCAGCUCGUACAUGUCCCGGGGACACCUUUCCCCCGAUGCUGAUGGUAUUUUCCGCCCGUGGCAGUGGGCUACCUAUUUCUACGUUAACGUCGCUCCCCAGUGGCAGGCCACCAAUGGUGGAAAUUGGUUGGUGGUGGAGAAUGCCGCUCGUACCGUGUCCGGCCGGCUAGCGGAGGAUGUGUUGAUCUUCAACGGAGCGCACGAUAUCCUGACGUUGCCGCACGUUAAUGGCCAGCAGGUACCGAUUACGCUGGAAGCUGGUGGUAUCCAGGCACCGAAGUGGUACUGGAAGAUCAUUAAAUCACCGCGCACGAAUGCGGCCAUUGCGCUGGUCAACAACAAUGAUCCAUUCCGGACGAGCAUCACGGCGGGUGAGAUGUUGUGCACGGAUGUGUGCGCCCAGUACGGUUGGAGUAAUGCCAAUUAUGGUAACUUUGCACGCGGUUACACGUAUUGUUGCACGGUGGCUGAUUUGCGUCGUUCCGUUCCGGCCAUUCCAGCGGAAGCUGACGCUGCCAAUGUGCUCCGGUACUAGGGGUUUGAUAACGGUGGUCUAUUUGCAGAGUUUAAAGAUAGAAUCGACCACCUGUGACCAACAUUUUGACCAAUAAAGCGAUAACACCAAUCCGUAAUC